CGUAUCCCCACUUUCCUUUUCCUUCAAUUCUAGGGUUUUAUCCAGUAUUUCCCUCCCAAACCAACAAUGGCUUUUUCUCUAACUCAGACCAAAUUCACAUUGCGAUUCAAAUCUUAUCACAGACACAAACCCCUUCUACGAAAAUCCCUCAAAACGUUAAUCUCAAUGUCAGAGGGAAAAUCCAAAAGAACAAUUUGCCCUUCAUGUUCCAAACCCACUCGAACUUGUCUCUGUUCUCGAAUCCUCACUCCUCCAAUCCCUAAUUCCGUCAAUGUAACCAUUCUUCAACACGCUCUUGAGUCUAAUCAUCCUCUUAAUUCUACAAGAAUUGCUAAAAUGGGUCUCAAGAAUCUCACAAUUGCCACUGUUUCUGAUGUUAAUUUUCAAUCUCAAUUUCUUAUUCACUUAUUUGAUCCCAAUUUGUCAAAAUCUUUGUUUUCUGAUGAAAUUGAAGAUACCCAUGAUUUGUUUUGUGAUAAAGAUUCAAACUUGAUUGAUAUUGAUAUUAUUGAUAGUGCUGGUUUGAAAAAUGAUGUUGAUGAUGUUAUUUUUAAUUCUAAGUUUGAAACUGUGAAUCAAGUGAAUGAUGAUUGUGUUGUUGUGAAUGAUGAAGUUAAGAAAAUUCCAAUUCGUCGAAAUUGUGAUGAUCCAACUAAAGGUUAUGAAGGACCUGCUAUUAGUGUUACUGUUGGCAAAUAUGGUGCAAUUACUUCAUUGUCACAUAUUUGGAUGCAGCAAUGUGAAUCUAAUGAGAUAGGUUUUGACAAGAUUUUGUCUUGUGUUGAAGCAUGUGAAGCACUCUCAAAAGGGUUUGUAGUGAAGAAGUUGCAAAGGAAGCAGUUGAAUGGGGAAGAAAAUGUGGAAGAGUAUGAGGAAUUUGAGCUUGAGGUUUGUCCUGGAUCGGUUCUACUUUUUCCUUCUGAUAAUGCUGUUAGUGUUAGUGAUUUAGAUGAUGUAGGUUUUGAGGUGAAGAACUUGAUUGUUCUCGAUGGAACAUGGGCUAAGGCUAAAAGGAUUUAUAGUGAAAACCCUUGGUUGAACAUUUUGCCGCAUUUGAAGUUGGAAGUGAAUGAAAUGAGCUUAUAUGGUGAAGUGAGGAAUCAGCCUAAAGCUGGUUAUUUGUCCACCAUUGAGAGUGUUGUGUUUGCUUUGAAAGCAGUUGGGGAGAAUCACACGGGUUUGGAUAAUCUCUUGGAUACUUUUGAGUGCAUGGUUGAUGACCAAAGGCGGUGUAAAGACGAGAGACUGAACAAACUGUUACCUAAUUGUACUUCAAGGGAGAAUAUGCCUUGUAAUGGAUUUUCUCAUUUUGAUUUUCAAGCCAAUGUCGCACACAUAUCACGGGUCAUAGCUCACAAUCUUCAAGGAAGAAGUGAUGGAAGUGUUACGGGUUGGACGAUAAUGAAGAGUAUCCGCAGCUUACUCCAAAGUAAUUGGGAGGUGAAGAUCAUCAAAAUAUAUCGUGAAGCAAAUAGGUGCGCGGAUAAACUUGCAUCAAUGGGAAGUAAAGGGAGUCAUUCUUUAGUCUACUAUGAGUCCCCACCUUGUGAGGUUGGUCAGAUUCUUGAUGAUGAUUUAGGGAUUUUCAUCAGUUUUAGAGGAGAAGAUACUCGCUACUCUUUUACGGGUUUUCUCUAUGAUGCUCUUUGUCGAGGAGGAUUCAAGACAUUCAUGGAUGUUGACGGAUUGCACAAGGGGGACCAAAUUUCACCCGCUCUUAUUAAUGCAAUUGAAGCAUCAAGACUUUCAAUUGUUGUGUUAUCUGAAAACUAUGCAAGUUCCUCUUGGUGUCUUGAUGAGCUUGCUAAGAUCAUUGAGUGCAUGCAAUCAAGGAAUCAAUUGUCUGCUUUGGCUAAAGUUACUGGUUUGGCUGGAGAAACUUAUAAAAUUGCCGGUUAUUUCAUCCCAAUUCAAAUUGUGCUGGAAAUUUGUCAAACCGUGUUUUCUCGUGAAAUUGUAGAUGCCUGUGAUUUGUUUUGUGAUAAAGAUUCACACUUGAUUGAUAUUGUUAGUACUGGUUUGAAAAAUGAUGUUGAAGAUGUUAUCUUCAAGUCUAAGGUUGAAACUGUGAAUCAUGUGAAUGAUGGUGUUGUUGUGAAUGAUGAAGUUAACAAAAUUGUUAUGCAUGGGGUGUUGUGCAGCUUCCCUUGCAUUCUUGUACAAGCAUCUGGGCGAUGCCAGUGUGCAUUGGAUGAUACAGAUGACAGAUUAUUCCACCCUUUAGCAGCUAAUAUGUUUGAAAAUAUCAUGAAAGAUGUCGAGAGUAAAAAGAAUAAGUUGAUUUUAAAUCAAGAUCUUGUGCAGGAAAAACUUGGAGCAACUCCUAAAACUGAAAAGGUCAACAAUGCUGUUUUUGAGUGACUAAAAGAAAUAGAAGAGAUUCUCAAAGAAAUAACAGAACUAGAGAUUCUCAAUUAUGAUUGUUCAUUUGCAUGGAUACUGUGGUUAUUGUGUGCUGAUCAUAAGAUGAGAAAUAGGAGGUACAGAGAAAUGCUAGAUAGAUUAAAGGCACUGAAUAGCAAGUGUGAAUUUGAGCCAUUUUCCACAACAAUUCCACCUCUAGAGUCCUUCUCUUCGGGAUUUGUCCCUUUUGAGUCUAUAAAAGAGGCUUCAGAUAGACUUUUAGCGGCAUUACAGGAUAGUAAUUGUUCUACGAUUGGAUUGUAUGGAAAAAGGGGCUCUGGUAAAACAAAACUGGUGAAAACAGUUGGUGAGAAAGCGAAGUAUUUAAAUAUUUUUGAUGAAGUUGCAUUUGCUACCGUGUCUGAAAACCCAAAUGUUAGAAGGAUUCAAGAUGAAAUUGCCGACUCUUUGAACCUGAAAUUCACUAAAAACACUCAAGCUGGAAGGGCAAGAACAAUAUCUUCAGAAUUAAAAAGUAAGCAUCGAGUUCUUGUGAUAUUGGAUGAUGUUCAAGCAAGGAUUGAACUAGAGGAUAUAAUAGGUAUUCCUGGUGAUGAUAUGAAAGGUUUCAAGGUGCUUCUGACCACACGCCGUCAAAGAGAAUGUGCUUUGAUGGAUUGUAAAGAAGAGUUUUCACUAGGUCCCUUAUCCGACGAUGAAGCUUGGACUUUGCUCAAAAAACAUUCAGGCAUAGGAGAUGGGACAUCAUCUGACAUAUUAAACGUGGCACGUCAAGUUGCUUUGGAAUGUGAAGGGUUACCCGGUACAAUUAUAGAAGUGGGAUCUUCCUUAAAAAGUAAACAUAUUAAGGAGUGGAAAGCAUCAUUAGACAAUUUGAGACAUUCAAUGGCCCGAUGGCAGAUUUUUAUCAGUUUUAGAGGAGAAGAUACUCGCUUCUCUUUUACGGGUUUUCUCUAUGAAGCUCUACUUCGAGAAGGAUUCAAGAUAUUUAUGGAUGAUGGUGGAGGAUUGGAUACUGGUGACCAAAUUUCACCCUCUCUUAUUAAUGCAAUUGAAGCAUCAAGGCUUUCGAUUGUUGUUUUAUCUGAAAACUACGCUAGUUCCUCUUGGUGUCUUGACGAGCUUGCUAAGAUUCUUGAGUGUAAGGAAAAGAAGAAUCAAAUUGUUUGGCCUAUCUUUUACAAAGUGGAUCCGUCACAUAUAAGGCAUCUGAGAAAUGGUUAUGGCAAUGCCAUGACUGAACAUGAAAACGUUUUUGGAAAUGAGCCUGAGAGAUUACAGAAAUGGAGAUCGGCUUUGUUUGAAGUUGCUAGUAUGUCUGGAAAGCCUUAUAAAGCCAAUACCGGGUACGAAUAUAAAUUUAUCCAAAAGAUCGUGGAGCAUGCCAAUAAUAUUAAAAGUCGAUUGUAUAUACGAAGCAUAGACAUGGAUUAGAAGGAUGCUUACAUUUCCUCUUACAAUAAGUGCUACACUAUAGACAAAAGUGAUGGCCAUGCAACAUCUAGUUGUUUAAAUAUGAAUGACUAUUGUAAUAUACACAUUCAAUAAUAAAUUGUUUUUGAAUAUGAUUCCUAGCGAGAGGUUAUGGAAGACCUGCUAUUACUUUUACAAUUGACAAAUAUGGUGUCAUUAACUCAGUGUCUCAUACUUGGAUGUUGCAAUGUAAAUCUUCGAGUUAAGCUUUGACGAUAUUUUGUCUUGCCAUGAAGCCUGGGAGGCUGUGACACAAUCUCAAAAGGGUUUUUGUGAAGAAGUUUCAAAUGAACCAAAUAAAUAAAGUUGAGAUUCUCCA